AUGAGCAUCAAAAGCACAAGGGGGAAAGAAUUGCCUAUUUAUGAUGGUUAUUUGUUUCAUGCCAUAGACAAAGAAAGAACACACUUUCGCUGCUCUUGUCGAAAGUGUAAAGUGACUAUAAUAAAAAACACAGAUGGAUGUUAUCAUUAUGGCAAAACAACAACUCACAUUCACAAAAAACAAGAUUUACGCAGAAAAAAUCAUUCAAAUUUUAUCAAAAAUGACUUACAAACUUCACCAACAAAAAAAUUAACAAUGAAAUCAUUUAUAACAAAAUACAAAAGAGGUUCGAUAGGAAUAACACAAUCGACAUUAGAACGUUUUGUUCAAAGAAACAAAGUUCACAAAAUUGAACCAAAUUCAUAUGAUGAUAUUAUAAUAAGUGUUGGCGACUUCAAUUUAUUAUUCAAAGAUGAGCAAAUUGGAAUACUUAUAUUUGGAAAUAGCGAACAAUUGACAAUGUUAGCAAGAUGCAAAGAAGUGUUUAUGGAUGGGACUUUCCGGAGUUGCCCCAAACAAUUUUAUCAGCUAUAUACACUGCAUUGUCAAUUACAAAACAACCAAACAUUUCCAGCAAUUCACUAUUUGUUGAAAAACAAAACUUUAAAUACAUAUGAAACACUUUUUAAUGCCAUUGAAUGCUUGCUAAAAGAAAUCAACGAAAAUUAUACUUGUUUUGGAAGAAACGUUGUUGUUGUGACUGACUUCAAAAAUUCGCUUAUCGCUGUUUUAAGAAAAUACAAAACUUUUGGUCUAAAGCACAAAGGAUGCCUUUUUCAUCAACGUCAAGCCAUACGAAAGUUUAUCAAUAAUGCUGGUCUUAAAUGUGAGUAUUCUUUAAAUACGGAAUUCAAAGCUGCAGUGAAAAUAUUAGAGUCCGUGUGCUUUUUGAAAAAAAGAUAUUAG